AUGACGGUUAGACCGGAUACCAAUGGGGGGCAUAACCCGUCGACUGAAGUAGAACUCGACGUCGCCAUCAUCGGCGCUGGCGUCUCCGGCAUCAACACGGCGUACUACGUUCAGACCAAAGCACCGAAAGGUCUUUCUUACACCAUCUUUGAGGCUAGAAAUGCCAUCGGCGGAACCUGGGAUCUGUGGAAGUUUCCCGGGAUCCGGACCGACUCGGACGUCUACAGCUACGGCUUCUCCUGGAACCCUUGGGGAAAUGCCCACCCCUUGGCUCCAGCUGCGGACAUCAUCUCGUACCUGAACAACUCGAUGGAGAAACAUGGCAUCGACAAGCAUGUCAAGUUCCGGCACAGAGUCCUGUCCAUCGACUGGUCUUCCAAGCGUUCGGCAUGGAACCUGACCAUGCAGGUCGACAAUGAGAUCACGACCAUUCGGGCCCGGUUCAUAGUCUUCGGAACCGGGUACUACGACUACCACGAGCCAAUGCAUUCUCCUAUCCCGGGACUCGAGAACUUCGCCGGCACCGUCAUUCGGCCCCAGUGGUGGCCCGAGGACCUCGACUAUACCGACAAGAACCUGGUUGUCAUAGGAAGCGGAGCAACUGCCGUCACCAUCGUGCCCAAUGUUGCCGAAAAGGCGAAGCACGUCACGAUGCUGCAGCGGAGUCCAACCUACAUCUCCGGCCUCCCUGAGCCAGACCUCUUGAGCAGAAUCGUAAGGUUGGUGCUCCCGGAAUUUUACGCCCUGCGAUUCCUCCGUCUCAGGUACAUGAUGGACCUCUACAUGGUCUAUUAUUACGCCGGCUUCUUCCCGAAGACGGCCAAGAAAAUGCUCAUCAACGACGCAGCCAAGCAGCUGCCACCGAAUUAUCCCGUCGAUCCGAACUUCACCCCCAGGUAUUCUCCCUUCGAGCAGCGGGUCUGUAUGUCCCGAGACGGCGACUUCUACACUUCCAUCCGGUCCGGCAAGGCCAGUGUUGUCACCGACACCAUCAAAGCCGUGACUGCGGAUGAGAUCCAGUUGACUUCGGGAAAGACUCUGCGACCUGACAUCAUUGUGGCGGCCACGGGGCUGAAGUUGCAGUUCGGGGGUGGCAUCAAGAUUUCAGUGGACGGCCAGACAAUCGAUCCCUCCAGCAAGUUCUCGUGGCAGAACUGCAUGGUCCAGGACGUACCUAAUAUGAUGUUCAUCUUCGGGUAUGCCAAUGCUGCCUGGACAUUAGGGGCCGAGGUCACCUCUACGCUGCUUGUGCGGUUGUUGCGCACAAUGAAGCAGAAGGGAGCUGCGGCGGCCAUCCCACGAGUUCAUCAUCCCGAGAGCAUGAAGGAGCAGUCGUUGUUCAACCUGACAUCGACGUAUGUUCAGGAUGCUAAUAGUGUGUUUCCCAAGGGAGGUGAAGGUCCAUUCCGGCGAAGGCAGAAUUACCCUGUGGAUAUUUGGGGAGCCCAAUGGACCGAUAUCUCCAAGGGAUUGGAGCUCCGACGUUGA